AUGCAUGGGGAAAAUCUAGAGCGCAGUGCUGAUGUUGCAGAGCAGAGCGCCAAAGAAAAGGCAAAAGGAGAGCAGCUGUUGAACACACUCUUGGUGCUCAUGGACUCCAAACAAGGUCCUGGAGCCGGUCCUGCUUCUGUAUCGGGUCCAGGUCCUGGUUCAGACCUGACGGUGAAAGUGGGUCUUGAGAGCGCGGUGCAGAAGAAGAGUGAAGAUCAAUCUAUGGUGGAGGUGCAGGAGGUGGUGAGCUGGGUGAGGGAGGUGCAGCCGGCCCCUGCGCGGCUUCUUUACGGGGAAACGCCAGCAAAAGUCCAAGUCCCAGAGACCAGACCCAGAGGAAAACCGGUCCAAGUCCCAGAGCUACAGCUGGAUGUACGGACGAGCCGCCAGCACCUGGAUAGGAAUGAGUUUGGAUACGUGAUCACCGACACUGAUGGUCUUCAGACGGAUGAGGGGUUGCAUCUAAUGGAGGUCCUGGCUCACAUGUCCAACAUCCAUAUGGCAAACUUCGCUGAGCUCUCAGUGGUUGGACCUGCGGUGACCUUCAGAGUGAGUCCAAACAUCCAGAAUGUGACCACCGCUGACGUCGCCAACGUGGCAGUGUGUUCUCUGCAUUUUCACUCUGGUAAACCAGCAUAUGAGAUGUUGGAGAACCACCCUGACUGGACACCAUCCCUGUUAGUUCCAGUGAAAGUUACAUACCUCAGUGGCUCCGCUCACUUUCCUCUUGGGGAAAUCCAGCUCACACUGAGACACAGCUCUCAGAGGAACCGGCUCAUAGUGGUGGUGCACAGCUGCAGAAACCUGAUCGCUUUUUCAGAGCAUGGCUCUGACCCAUAUGUCCGUCUGUAUCUGCUGCCGGACAAACGUCGAUCAGGACGACGGAAAACAAGCACCUUCAAGAAGAACCAGAACCCUGUGUACGACCAAACGUUUGAGUUCAGCGUGUCGGUCGUAGAGCUGCACAGACGCACUCUGGAUGUGGCUGUGAAGAACGGAGGAGGCCUGCUGUCCAAACACAAGGGUCUUCUGGGAAAGGUGACACAAACACACACCAUAACAGAGACAGUUUAG